AAAUUCUUCCAGAUUGCGUCCUCUCCAGUUCUCAGCUGUGGCUGCUGUCAAAGGACAGAGCAAGUGGGCAGACCACAACAGUUGUACAGCGAACAUCAGAAGAAAUAUGCUUAAAAAGCAGUAACCUGUGCUUCUAAAAAGGACGCCAAUAAUCUAAUAUACUACAGCAGAUGAUUUUUAUAUUCAGUGCCCAGGCACUCCUGCAACAGGAAACAAGAUGGCCACAGUUUACACAUGAAAGCAUAAACUUUCCACCAGUGGACCUUCCAGACCAGUGACUGUCUACCAUGUUGUCCAGACUGAGGACAACCAUGUCACUGAGGCCCUGCGUCUCUGUUUGCAGAUGGGCUCACACCAAAGAAAAGGGCAAGCCUCUCAUGCUCAACCCUCGCACCAACAAAGGCAUGGCCUUCUCUCUACAGGAGCGACAGAUUUUGGGGAUUCAUGGUUUGUUGCCCCCCAAAGUGGAGACUCAGGACACUCAGGCCAUGAGGUUUCAGAAUAAUCUCAAGAAGAUGACUGAUCCCCUGGAGAAGUAUAUCUACCUGAUGGGCAUCCAGGAAAGGAACGAGAGGCUUUUCUACAGGGUGCUGAUGGAAGACAUCGAGGAGUUGAUGCCAAUUGUCUACACUCCCACUGUAGGCCUGGCCUGCACGCAGUAUGGACACAUCUUUAGAAGACCCAAAGGCUUGUUCAUCUCCAUUCGGGACAGAGGACACGUCCGCUCCAUCCUGGACAACUGGCCAGAAACUAAUGUGGCAGCAGUAGUAGUGACUGAUGGAGAGCGUAUUUUAGGAUUAGGAGACCUGGGUGUUUAUGGAAUGGGAAUCCCCGUUGGAAAACUUUGCCUGUACACUGCCUGUGCUGGCAUUAGACCUGAGAAAUGUCUGCCUGUGGUGAUAGAUGUAGGCACAGACAACGAGACUCUCCUUCAAGAUCCACUAUACAUGGGCCUGUACCAGAAGCGAGACCGCUCUCAAGCCUAUGAUGAUCUGAUCGAUGAGUUCAUGGAAGCUGUGGUGGAGAAAUAUGGGCAGGACACUCUGAUCCAGUUUGAGGACUUUGGGAACCACAAUGCAUUCCGGUUCCUUAGAAAGUACAGGGAGAAGUACUGCACCUUCAACGAUGACAUCCAAGGCACUGCAUCUGUAGCCCUUGCUGGUCUGUUAGCAGCUCAGAGAGCCGUUGGCAAACCCAUCACUGAACACAGAGUGCUUUUCCUGGGAGCAGGAGAGGCUGCCCUUGGUAUUGCUAAUCUGAUUGUAAUGGCCAUGACGGAGUCAGGGGUGUCCCAAGACGAGGCCCAAAAGAAGAUCUGGAUGUACGAUAAAUAUGGUUUACUUGUAAAGGGCAGACCACAGGAAACAGAUGCUAACCAGGAGGCAUUUGUCCACGACAGUCCAGGGGAUGUACAGAGCUUCCUAGAUGCUGUCAACACCAUUAAACCUACAGCUAUCAUUGGUGUGUCAGGAGCUGGACGCCUGUUCACACAUGACGUCAUCAAGGCCAUGGGAGCACUGAAUGAACGGCCAAUCAUCUUUGCCCUGAGUAACCCAACCAAUAAAGCAGAGUGCACAGCCGAGGACGCAUACAAACUAACUGAUGGUCGAUGUCUUUUCGCCAGUGGCAGUCCAUUUGGACCAGUGACUCUGAGUGACGGCCGUGUUCUAACACCAGGACAAGGAAACAACGCUUAUAUCUUUCCAGGUGUGGCCCUGGCUGUAGUCGUCAGUGGAGUCAGACACAUCAGCGACACGGUGUUCUUAGAGGCUGCCAAGACCCUUGCAGAGCAGCUGACCGAUAAAGAACUGGCUGAAGGCAGACUCUACCCUCCUCUCUCCAACAUCAGAGAAGUCUCUGUCCAGAUGGCUGUCAAGGUGAUGGAGUAUGUCUAUGCUAAAGGCAUGGCGUUCCGUUACCCUGAGCCUCAGGACAAAAACGGUUUUGUACGUGCUACUGUCUGGAACACCCAGUAUGAUUCCUUCCUUCCAGACACCUACGACUGGCAUGGUGUCAACUUUAGCCCAAAGACUAAGUCGAAGUAGAACAGAUCCUCACUUUGCCUCAGGUCAAAAUGGCCCUCUGUUCCUUUGUUUUCCACUUUUACUCAUCACAGAUUUUAAGACUGUUGUUAGCUUAGUGCAAAUACAUUUAUUAAAAUGGACCUCAGCGAUUCCCUAAUCCCUCCAUUUUACUGCAUUUGCACUAACUCUUCUUAAUGGAUCUGUGAAAGGUUAGUAGGCAGUGACACUUGGAAGAGAGGCUCAUUUGAAUAAGAAUAGAAAUUUUCUAUCCACAUAACAGCUCUUUGUUAUCUCUGCAUUACGUAUAAACCUUGAUAGAGCCAGAGGGCCACCUGGUGGUGGAAAAGGGCAGUGUGGAAAUCUUAUUCCAAUCCUGAAACAUUGAGAUACAUUUUGUCCAUUACUCUGCUUUGAAAAGAAUACAGCAAACAUUUAUAUCAGCGUGUGGAUAGCUACAGUUAUUUGCUGUUAGAUUUAAUCUAUGUGAUUGUCAUAUACACCAGCACUAACAUUACAUUAAACAAUUUAACAGUAUGUAAAUUAGACAAUAAUCCAAACUACAGGGACAGUUGUGCCACUGCUGAACGUGAUGCAUUUUUUCUAAAUAUUUUUUGGUCAUGAACAACCUUAGAAUAAGUCGCCCUUGUGAACAAAUGCCAUUUGUAAUACAAUUUAUCUUUUUCACCUAUUUUAAGAUAUAUUUAACUAUAUUUUAAUGCAAUGCUCAGAGUCUAGUUUGAUGUGAUUUACACUCCAAAUGCUAAACUUUCUUUAGUUUUGCAAAAUCUCCAUUAUUGAUACCACUUUGAUUACAUAUAGCCACCUAGAGACUGCCCAGCUUCAUGCACAUGUUGUGUGAGACACUUUGAGUACUGCUAAGGUAGAAAAGCAUUACAGAGGUGCAGGUCAUUACAGUGGAGUGUGGAUUUCUACAUUGCCUUUUUUCCCAUCAAGAGGGCCUGUGUGGCUUCUUAAAUCUAGCCAAUGCUUGGUGUGAAACAUCGAUCAGAGAGUUAAAAAGUUUGACUUUUGUGUGCAAACUAGAAGAGAAAUAGACAAUAUUACUCAAAGGUGCAAUUAAGUGAAUAAUUCAACUAAGACCUGCUGAUGGUCUGAAGCUGAAGAGAUUUUUUGAAGGGAAAUUAAAUGAAAUUUAUAUCUAGAAACAUUCAAUGCGUCCUGCAGCUCCACAGCACUUGAACUUCCACUCCAGUUUUGUAUUUAGUUUGAAGGAUUUUGUCACAUUGUAUUUAUCUUUGAGAAUGUAUUUUAUUUUGUAUUUAGAUGUUUUGCAAAGCCUGCAGUCAACACUCCUGUAAGGAGUUAUAAUAUGAAAAAUCUGACCCUAAAAAUGAAUAAUUUUGUUUGUUGCAUACAAACUUUACAUAAAGUAUGCCCUACAUAUUUAAGGAAACGAUGUGCAGUAUCAAAUAAUUGGAUAAAUGUUACUUUUAUAUUUUAUGAACUGUACAUGCACUUUUUGGUAAUGGUCUCCUGAGCACUUAUGAAGUUGUGUUAAAUACAUCUGUGUGUGUGUGAGAGAGAGAGGGUAUAGCUCUUUAUAAGAUCCUGUACAACAAACUUACAAAUUACACUCCUAUUUACUGUUACAAUCUACCAUGAUCAUCAACAAUAAGUAAUAAAAUCAGUUUAUACUGUAUAUUUAGACACCAAAAAUAGGCUAAGCUUGCUCAUUUAAUACAUCUGCUCUGCCUUUAUUUAGAGAUGGAAAUUCUAGCUGUCUUGCAGAGUAACUCAAAUUUUACCAAAUAGCCAUGCUGGGAAAAGUCACAAAUAUCUUGGCAGAAGAGAAUAUCUUGAUGGGAUCACCAGCUGCGUCACUUUCCCUCCAAUGAGUACCCAGUAGUCAUUACAAUUAUUACAUGACUACUUUGUACUCAUGGGUCGGACCAGCUCCCGCUUUGGAUUCGGCCUUUAUUUAGAUUGCAGCUACAGGCUUGUAAAAUUUUGUGCCUAUGGUUGUGACGCUAUCACUAAAAUCUUUCAGACAUAGAAACAGCUGUUACAGUAGGUAUUUCAAGGACAACAUUUUGCCAUAAUGACACAGACACACAGAUUAAUGAGGUAAUGAAUGUUUUGGCCUUCUUACAUGGCUUUCAUCCUCACUACCCUUUGCAAAAAAAAAAUCUUCCAGUAUCAGUGUCUAAAAAAUGGUCCUUACUGUUACUGUUAUGCAUAGUACUUCACACUAAAUGGUGCCAAUAGAUAGGGGAGAAAAAAAACUAGCAAAUGUAGUUGUGAGAAAGAACAAAGCAGCUAAACUAUACAUUUAUCUUUUUCUAAUAUUUCACAUAUGUAUGUCGGUUUACAGCCAUCGCUGUGUGACGCUUUGCUGAUAAUUACCUGUGCAAGGGUCUUUGUUGGAUCUUCAGUUUUAGCUCUGUGUGUUUCAUGUAAAAUGCUGGAAAUGAGAUGCUCUGACCAUAUACACAGGAUAUAAUUGAACUCUUUCAGCUCUAACAGUUAACUGAUGCCAUUAAACCACUCAGUCUAUGUACUUUCCACACACUCUGUCAAAGCCACUGGCAGUGUUGUGCAUUAAUCUUCAGAUGUUUAAAUAUAUUUACUAGUCAACUGUAUUAAUUUUUAACCUCAGGAGAUUGUAUUCGGACCUUUUAACCACCUGCAUAGAAGUGCCUGCAUGAUGUUCAUUGUCACUCGGUGCUCCAUAGCUUAGACCUUACAGUUUGCUGCGAGCAGAGCUUAGAAAUGACUCAACAGCACUAUGAAUUUAAUAGAAAGGAUAAUUGUUUUGUAUAAAGUUAUUUAACUCUGUACUAUUCAACAUGAAGUAUUUUCUCUGUUUGACUGUGCACCUUUAAGUCCUGAGUACUCACUGUACUAUUUGUGGCAAUUUUUUUUUCUACUGAUGUCAUUGAAGUUUCCAGUAGUAUUAUUUAAAAGAAACUAUAUGUAAACGAUUCAGUGUGUGCUCAUGUGUCUAAAUGCUGUCAACUGUAAUCGUCCAGUGUGAAUUAUUUCUGUGUUAUGUCAGUUUUUGUUUCAUGUGAUCCUUGGCAGCCCCAUUUUUAAAAAGUAAACAAACAGUUUUUAUUGUAGGGUGCAUUCAUGUCGUGUUUUCCCCUUUGAGCUGAUCUCUGAAGUUUAUUUUUGGUACACAGGAAAAUUGCCUUAGCGUUUGUAUGCAGAGGGCAGCAAGUUUGUGUUAGUGACGUGGUUGUCCUCAGUCUGGACAACAUGGUAGACAGUCACUGGUCUGGAGGGUCCACUGGUGGAAAGUUUGAGGAUGAGAAGUUCUGCUUUGAUGUGUUAACGGUGAAGAAUAAAUCCUAUUUUACACGCUU